CAAUAGAGAGGACCUUAUGGAACAUCAUUAGGCAAACAACAUGUUUGUAUACACAAACGCCUUUCGUUCUUGUGAUAUCGAUUUCUUACAUUUUCGUUUUUGUGAUUUGGUAUGUAAAACCAAAAUAUAGUAUAGGACAUUAUUGCUUAAAGCCUUCUAGCACACCUCGAAAUGAGGAUGUGAAAUGAGCUGUCAAAGGGCAAUCACUUUCAUGAACUGCAUAGUAUGUGCACCGACCCCGCUUCGGACAAAUUUACCACCGUCUCAAUUGAAGCGAUUGUUGAAGUCUCUAUAUCAUCCUAAGAUUCUUUGCAAGCGCAUGGUGGGAGGUUUAGCGAACUCAAAAGUUUUAUCUUUUCAACAGAAAGAUGAAUCAGCCAAAAAAGGAAACGGAAAUGAAUUACACAUCCAUGGAGGAUCCCAAAUGAUGAGUUAUGAUCGGUUGAAGUGGAGUGGAAGUCAUGAAAGAUUUUGGAAGAAGGCAUUUUCAAAUUCAUCUCUUAAUUUUAAAGCAAGCCAAACUCAUACUGUGGGAUCAAGGGUUCUUGAGAUGAUUCGUGGCAAGGCGAAGGCGUGACGUACACAUCCUCGGUUUUACAACGGAUUGGAUCUUUGGAGACUCUGAUUUUAAAUCAUGUUUUGGAGAUAAUGUUUUUGUAAACACUCUUGUUAAUAAAUGGGUUGAUUUGAAA